GGAGGGAGGUGUUUCUGUCAGUUCCGGCUGUUUGUUCGGGAAGUGGAUCCGCCGCUGCCGGAGCAGCCGGGAGGGAGCUGCGGAUCGCGAGGCCAGUACCGACCCCGCCCGCGCCCCCGCCCGCCAUGGCCCGGGACUACGACCACCUCUUCAAGCUGCUCAUCAUCGGCGACAGCGGUGUGGGCAAGAGCAGCCUGCUGUUACGAUUUGCGGACAACACCUUCUCAGGCAGCUAUAUCACCACGAUCGGAGUGGAUUUCAAGAUUCGGACCGUAGAGAUCAACGGGGAAAAGGUGAAGCUGCAGAUCUGGGACACGGCGGGACAGGAGCGCUUCCGCACCAUCACCUCUACGUAUUACCGGGGAACCCACGGGGUCAUUGUGGUUUAUGACGUCACUAGUGCUGAGUCCUUUGUCAAUGUCAAGCGAUGGCUUCAUGAAAUCAACCAGAACUGUGACGAUGUGUGCCGAAUAUUAGUGGGCAACAAGAAUGACGACCCCGAGCGGAAGGUGGUGGAGACAGAAGAUGCCUACAAAUUUGCUGGGCAGAUGGGGAUCCAGCUCUUUGAGACCAGUGCCAAGGAGAACGUCAACGUGGAAGAGAUGUUCAACUGUAUCACGGAGCUGGUUCUACGAGCAAAGAAAGACAACUUGGCAAAACAGCAACAGCAGCAACAGAACGAUGUGGUGAAGCUCACCAAAAACAGUAAACGAAAGAAACGCUGCUGCUAAUGCCCCAGCCCACUGCAGAGACUGCACUGCAUCCCUCCCCAGCCUGAGGCCUCGGAGGCUCUCGGGGGACAGUCUCAGUUUAGUGCCGUUAUUUAAAGAAUUCUCUCCACGUUUUUUGUAUCGGGAGGCGCCAUCGGCACUUCCUCCCCUUUUCCCCUUGAGUGCCAAGAAGGUGUUGGACAAGCCCGCCCUUCCCCAUGGUGCCCUGCUCCCUGCUGAGGCGCCUGGACCUGGUGAGGACGCUGCCAGCUGAGUGGACUGAUAACCAGUUUGUACAUAGUGUAUAUUGCAUUAACCAGCUGCACACCCUCAGCCGCUCUGGCUCCUGGCUCCUUCCUGCCAACCUGCUGCAGCAGACCUUCCCACACCCGCCAACCCAUCUCCACGGCAGCUUCCUGAGGAGCCAGCCUCGUGCCCUAGCCGAGUCUUUGGCCGUCCCUGGCCCAUGGAGUGCACUCCAUCCACGUGGCUCCUACCCUACAGCUGCUCUGGGAGCUGGGGAACUGGAGCCGCCACACAAGGCCCUGCCCUCUGCUGGCCCCAGGCCCUCAGCUCCACAGAGGAACUCAGUCCUGCUCUUUUGAACAACAGGUUUCUCAUUCUGCCUUCUAGAUGCCUCUGCUGCAAACCCAGGGGAGCCAUGGCUUCUCACUUCCCCAACAUGUUUCCGUUUCUGCAGAAAGGUAGUGGUACAUCUGUAAAGAGAUGGAGCUUGCAAGGGGGAACAUUAUUUUAACAAAUACAACCAAUGAAGCCAAAUCAAAGUUCUUCACCAUUAUUUCCUGAUUGGCUCAAUAGCAAAAGUUGUGACUGUCCUACUUUGGGCUCAGUAUUUUUUAGAAAAGGUGUAUGGCUUCUGUUCAGUGUAGGGCUAGGCACUCUCCCUUCCAUGGGAAAGGAAGGCUUUGUGCCAUCAUUCCUGUGUGUCUGAGGGCUGCCCGCUGGAGAUGGCUUGCAGUGUAGCACCAGGCAUGUGUGGCAGAGCCAGGGGUUGCUGGGCUAUGGGAAGACACCGCCAAGCCAGGAUAGGCGGCUUUUGCAUUACUGACAGAUCUGUUUUUAGUAUGAAGGUGGUAGGAAGAUUCUUAGCCACUGGGAAGAAGUGGUGGUGGCGUGGGGCAGCCAGUAUUUACCUACCCACCACCAGGGUGAUCUGCAUUUGAUUAGCUCCCCCUUCCCCAGGACACUUGGUUCCCUUUCCCUGAAGGAUCACGUAACUCAGAAAAACUGAUUUGGACACCAUAAUGUGUUUUAGAUUUUCUUUCCUAGGAGAUUUCCAGGCACAGUCCUGAUUGGACAAUCAUCACAGAAUACUGCAGAUUUUCCAUGUUAACACUGUGGAUGGGUUUUCAAUCAAUAAAACUGGGGCUUUCUUCUCA